AUGUCUGAGAAGGGAAGGAGACAACGGCGUGCCAGAGAAUAUGACGAAGAUGACAGCCGCUCAGAAGGAAGCGAAGAGUCUGCAGCCUCGCACUCCUCAACAUCUCCUCGUGGUCGCGAAUUUGCGGACGAAGCUCUCGAGGACAAGUUGGGAAUGGCAGUCGACGCUCUCAGUGAAAAGAGAGCUACCACACGUGAAGGAGCUCUACAUACUAUAUGUACUGUGCUGACACUGAAAUAUGUGCCGGAUCUAUUGGAGGAACGCAUUCAAACCUUAUCAGAUGCCGUCAAGAAGAGCAUAUCCAAGUCUGGUGUUGAAGGUGAUGGUGCUGCCAAAGCACUCGCUCUGGCAUCACUAACACUAGGACACGGCCACUUAUCAAACAUGUUUCAAAUCAUAAAGGAAUUAGCACGAGAUCCAGCCUUUCCACCAUCCAAUAAAUCCGCAGUUAUAGAUGCUCUGGCAGUGCUGGUUCUCAUGGAAGAACAAGAUCCGGGUCAGAAACUGGAAUGGCUGACGUUUGCUGAGGGGAUAUUUUCGGAGAGGAAGCAAGAUGAAGGGGUGGCCAAGUCUAGUGUUAAUUUAUGGGGCGUGAUUGCCACUGAGAUUGAUGUUAGAUAUUUGCACGAUUCUUUUGAUCAGUACAUUGCAGCACACGAACGACUUCUAUCCCACGAAUCCACCGAAGUGCGAAUAUCAGCAGGCGAAAACAUUGGAAUUAUAUUCGAAAUGAUGGACGACACCGACUCAACAUACGACAACAAGGACGGCCUCAUUGAAAAAUUAGGUGACUUGGCAGCCGACGCAUCAAGACACAAUAAGGGUAAAAAAGAUGCAGCAAAAUCACAAAGAAUGGCAUUCAAAGAACUAUUAGCCACUAUCGAAGACUCGGCAUCGCCAAGCCAUCGAUUAACUAUACGUAAAAUGGAGUAUACAUUGACAUCAUGGGCAUCAUGGAAGAGGCUGAAUCUGAUAAAGUAUUUCUUGAAUGAGGGUUUGUCGGUGCAUUUAGAACAGAAUGAGCAUGUACAGUCGUGUUUGAGCCUUGAUGUCGUUGCUGAGGCUCCUGAAAGACCUACCGGUCAGAAUAAGAGGGUGCAACAGCUAAUACAACAAAGAGUUGAUAAGCUUCGAACGAAGUCUUUAUCGACCGAAAGAGAUAAACGAAGCAGUUCGAGACAUUUGGAGGAAGAUUGA